ACCGUCAUAUGAGACUCGCGACGGUGCGGUUGGAUCAGGUAUCUGAGCUCGGCCUCUGGCGGAAAGAAAAGCCCUUCGGAAAAGACGGAGCGAAGCGAGCGAUCGAGAGAAGGGGAAAAGAGAGGAGCCUCAAGGGGUUCCGAUGGGUGCUUCCAUCAUCUUCUACCUUCGGUUUCUCCCCCGUGGAACCGUCCGACCAUCCCCUUUUUUCUGCCACACACACUAGAUCGAUUUUGGGUUGGCCGAUCUCACGAUGAGGCCGGCGUUUCAUGUAGAGGCGGGACUUGGAUUCGCCCUCGUCAUCUCCAUCUCGACGCUCUGAAGGAUCGAGGUUUCCAUUUCAAACUUCGUUGAUCGGGUGAUAACUAAUUAAUGGCUUCUUUGUGAAUACUAUCUGGAAGUUCAAUAUCCUUAUAUCUUAGCAAUUGUUCUUUUGGCUUCCCAACCACGAAUGGGGGCAAACUGCUGUGUUGCUGCCAAGGACAAACUCGUGCCGGAUACUUCUCUUUCUACAUGUAGGAACGUAAGACACUCACCUUCGUGGAGCUUUCGACGGGACAACAGAACACACAUAGAGGACAUCAUGGAUAACCCUACUUCACUUUCUCAUAUCAGUAGUGGGGACGCCAGCUUCAAAACUAAGGUUGGGGUAGCAUCUGAAACUGGACUUCUUGAUGGCAGUAGUCCUUUGAAAAAUUUUCAGGCACAGCAGUGGCACAAGUCUCCCUUUAAAACCAGAAGUUCUCGGAAAUCAAGAGACAAUGGCAGUGGUCAAUCCAUUGGAAGCGACAUAUCCCUUGAGUUCAAGGGCUGGACUAAAUCAUCAUGUGUAGGAUGCACUUCAUAUGACAGGCCAACGGGUUUUGUGCCUUCAACAUCUUCAGUUUCCAAAGAAGAUCCUUCAUCGUCAUGGAGUCACUCUUUACCCUCUGAUCCGACAUCAUCAAGAAAGGCUCAAAGUUCACCAGGUUACCAACUCUCUAGGAUGAUAUCUGACAGUAGAAUCCCAUCUCUGAACUCUUUGAAUGAGAACAGCUUCCCCGAAGGAAGGCAGUCCUUCGGACUGUCUGUUUGCAGCAAUGACUUGCCCAUGGGUGGAUCUCAUGGUAGUUCUUCUGAUGGGUGGUCCAUGUGCAUGUUCUCAGAUCUUGCUUCUUCUCAGAGGGAGAGAUGGUCCUAUGACAGUGAAAACCUUAGCACCAUUAACAGCAAAAUUGGAAAAUUAAUUCCAGAGCAACCAAGACCUGUCUCUCUUAAUCAGCAAAAAUGCAAAAUAUGCUUGAAGCUAUUACAGAAAAAAUCUCCAUGGAGUUCCCACAAAGUUGUCUCCAGCAAUGAGCUCUCUGUGGUUGCAGUUCUGUUUUGUGGUCAUGCCUACCAUGCUGAAUGUUUGGACAACUUAACACCAGAAACCGACAGACAUGACCCACCUUGCCCUGUUUGCAUUUAUGGGGAAAAAUCCAUCACAAAGCUAUUUGGAAAGGCCCAAUCUAGUGGUAGAAGCAACGGAUCUAGGAUUGUGGUGGCUGACACUGAUAUGGCUGGAGAUACAUUCUCUGAGUGGUGGAGGGCUGGUAAGGGGCAUCGGAUGGGAGCCAGUUCUAGCCUGAAGAACUCGUUUAGCAAGCCGUUUAGGCAACACCUCUCCAUCGAAAUGCCACUGUCACCAACAGUUUCAGAAAAUGAAUCUACCAGGAAGAAGGGAUACUGGGCGAGAUACUGGAAGGAUUGAGUUUGCUGGCUCUUGUAAUUGGCCAGACAAGCACUCGAUUGUCUCUUGAUUGCUGCAAUAGAUCCAAUCCAAGUUUUAUCUUUGUGCACUUCUAAGGUUCCAGCAUCCUCCAAGAUCUAAAUUGGUGCCACGGAAGGGUGCUUGUAAGGGUAAAGUCUGUUUGCUCGUUUGGUGGUUACCUCAGCACAAUAGAACUAUUUUCAAAGCCUUUUUGCUGUACAAUAUUUCUUCCCUCGUGUUCAAAGGUUAGCUCAUAGUCAGGUGAUGUUUCAGUCAUUAGAUAUUAGAAAAAAAAGAAGAAAAAACUCUAAGCUCGAGGUCCUGGAUGUGAUCUAGGCCGUCUUUUCUGUCCUCAUUGUUGGGACUCCUAGCAGUCUUGUGGAUUCACUGUAUCGUUUUGCUACACCUCUGUUCAAGUCUAUGAUGUAUUCAUAAAUGUUGGAUGUUUUAGCAUGCAGCAUGAGAAAAUUGCUUUUCACAUUUA